GGCGGAUGGGGGGCCGGGUGCAGAUCUCCUUCCCGCAGCACUCGGCCGCGCUGCUCGAGUCCCUGAACCUCCUGCGCCUGGAGGGCAAAUUCUGCGACGUCCACGUCCACGUCGGCGCCCGCGUCUUCCCCGCCCAUAAAAGCGUCCUGGCCGCCGCCUCCCCCUUCUUCCACGACAAGCUCCUGCUGCAGGACGGGGGGCGCCUGCUCCUGCCCCCCGCCAUCGACCCCGAUGCCUUCGAGGGCCUCUUGCACCUCAUCUACUCCGGGAGGUUGAGUUUGGUGCUGGAGGCCUUGCCCGGGCAUCUCUUGGUGGCCAGCGGGCUCCAGAUGUGGCACGUGGUGGAUCAGUGCUCGGAGAUCCUGAGGGAGGUGGAAGGGGGACGGGGGUGGCGGUGGGGGGCAGCGGCGGCGGCAUCAGCAGCAUCCAAUGGUCGUGGGAGGGAAGCUUCGGCUUCAUGUGGUACCCAUGGUGGUGAUGGGGCUUCGUGUGGUACCCAUGGUGAUGGGGCUUCGUGUGGUACCCAUGGUGGAGAUGGGGCAUCAGCAUCAUCCUGGACCAAUCGUGGUGGAGAUAGGGCUUCGUGUGGUACCCAUGGUGGAGAUGGGGCUUCGUCAUCAUCCUGGACCAAUCGUGGUGGAGAUGGGGCUUCGUGUGGUACCCAUGGUGGAGAUGGGGCAUCAGCAUCAUCCUGGACCAACCGUGGUGGAGAUGGGGCUUCGUGCAUCACCCAUGGUGGAGAUGGGGCUUCCUGCAUCACCCAUGGUGGAGAUGGGGCUUCAGCAUCAUCCUGGACCACUCCUGGUGGAGAUGGAUCUUCCCGUGUCACCCGUGAUGGAGAUGGGUCCUCAUCCUGGACCAACCGUAGUAGGGAUGGGCCUUCCUCCCCCCCAUGGCCCAAAGAGGCGGGUGAGGAGGUCCUCAAGAUCUGCGUGCAGGAGGAUGAGGAAGAGGAGGAAGAGGAGGAUGAAGACGGCGCCCACCGCGCUGCUGACGCCCUCCAGAUCGUGCUGGAGGAGGAGGAAGAGGAGGAGGAGGAAGAGGACGGAGCACCCAGAAACCACGACCCCCCUAAAGUCUUCUACAUCAAACAAGAAGCAGAGGAAGCCACCGAGCCUGCAUCCUCACUGAGCCGCAUCCUCCCACCGGGCUCGGGUACCACGGCCACGGCGCUGAUGCCGACCAUCACCACCACGGGCUCCAUCCUCAACCAAACCUCUUGGAAGCCCGUGGACCUUCACGGCAACGAGAUCCUGGGCCGGGCCUCGGCCUUGCACGCCCCGGUGAAGCUUGGGGCUGCUCCCGAUGGGAAGCGUUUCGGGUGCUUGUGUGGGAAGCGUUUUGCCGUCAAACCCAAGCGGGACCGGCACAUCAUGCUCACCUUCAGCCUGCGGCCCUUCUCCUGCGGGGCCUGCCAUAAGCGCUUCAAGCUCAAGCAUCACUUAACGGAGCACAUGAAGACCCACGAUGGGGCCGGCCGGGCCUGCGAGCGCUGCGGGACCCGGUUCCGGCUCCGGAGCGGGCUCGAUAAGCACCGGCCGCUGUGCCAAGGGCAGCGCUGGGCUGCGGGAUGCUGGGCUUGCGAGUGAGC